CCUGCCUCCCCAAUCACGCAUUCAAACAUGCGACAGUUUUCCAAUGUCUCUUAUUCCCCCUGGCGGGAUCCAUACAGUGGUCCCUUGAACCAAGACAAACCCUUCUAUGCCUCACCCACUGCUUUCCAACAGCCCGCCUAUCGUCGUAUAGUCGCUCCUCCAGCACCCAUCUUCUACCACCCGGGUAUCGAACAGGUUAUUGAUGAUAGUGAUGUUGAUGACGACGAAUCGGGUUCAGAACCCUCGGGGGUCCCAAUCGAUAACCCGCCUGUAGAGGCCCCCGAGCCUCCUGCUUUGGCACAAAACACUGAAACACCAGAACCUCCCGCCCAACCGGAACUCGAAGCUGCUCCCCCCACAAACUCAGCUGAGGCUACUCCCGAGAGUGUCGAACCUCCACCUGUAGCCGCCACAGAGCCCGAAAACAGUGAAGCUCCAAGCUCUGAAGCAGAUAACGGAGCUGUUGCUGCUGCCCAAGUGCAAGAUCAGCCGCCCGGAGAAGAUGGCGGUGGCGAUGAUGUAAAGGACGAAGUGGCCACACCUCCACCACCAGAUCCAGUGGUGGAGGAAGUGCAGGGCAAUGUCGACGCAAAGCCAGAAGAGCCUCCUGAGGAGAGCAAGCCAGUGACUGACGAGCCUGCUGCUGCCAGUGAAGAUAGCAAACCCGACGCCGAACCUCCAGCUAGUAAUGAGACACAAAGCCAAGAAGAGCCAGCCCCAACACCUGCUCUUGAUGAGCCCAGUCCUGAUGUGCCUGCCCCUGAACCCGCCACUGAGGUUGAGAAGAGUGGUGAGUGCGAGCCGGUAGCUCAGGAAACCCCGAAAUCCCCCACCGAAAAGUCGGUCCACUUUUCCCCUGACGUGAAAGACCCAGACGCCGUGAGCAUUGGUAGCAACAAGAAGGCCGAUAAAAAGAAAUCCAGGAUCCUCGGUAAAGGUAAGCCAAACGCCUUUAUACGUAUCAAGGACCCUCUCCCCCCACCAGCACCAGCCCCGCCACCAAAGGAAGAAAAGAAACCUGCCAAGGAAGAGAAGAAGAAGGUAGUUCGAGAAAGCAAAAAGAAAGAGAAGCUGCCUGGCAUCUUGAAAGAAGACAAACACGUUGCAGAAAGCGAGAAUCAGGAUGCGACACCGCCCUCGCCCACGCUAUCCAAGAAGAAGCUUAGUAAAGCAGAGGAACGGAGACGGAAGCAUGACGAAAAGGACAAAAAGUCAAAAGGUAAGAAGAACAAGAAGGGCCGAUCGUCAUCGCAUAGCGAGGAAGCCUCCGACUCUGGAAAGGCGCCACCAGAGCCCCAGCCCGCCGAAGACGGGGUGGGUGAACAGAGUGAAGAGACCAAAGAAAGCCCACCAGAUGCCGAGGCAGCCCCCGAGCAGCCAGCCGAGCCAGCUGAGAAUGACGAACAAAAUGAAUCGACGCAAGACAGUCCGCAACUUGACAAUAAACCGAAGGAGAACGAACCAGUAGCAGACUCGACUGGUCAAGAAGCGUCUGGAGCUGAAGAGACAUCUCCCAAUACCGAAGAGUCAACAAAUAGCGAUGAACCUCAAGCAGUCGAGGAUGCUCCGGCCGCUGAGGAGUCUACGCCACCUGUCGAGGCCGCAGAUAUCGAUAACCCUGAACCCAGCGAGGCAGCCACUCCUGCUGACGAGACCUCGGCCGUGGAUGACUCAUCAAAAACAGUCGAAGAGCCUGAAAAGAGUGGCGAGGAAGACAACGCUAAGGAAGAGCCGGAUGCUGUCGAGGAAGAAGCAAGUAAGAGCCUACCGGCAGAAGGUUCCCCUGUCAGCGAAACGCCUGAAAUCAUGGAUGAGUCUCCACUGGUCGAAGAAUCUGUAACUGCAGCAGAUAAUACGGAAGAAAAGGAGGAUCCUGCCGAGAAGAACGAAAACGAAAGCUCGCCAACCACCGAAGAAGAGGAUCUCGCUGUAGCCGCGCCUGAGAGCGUUGACGAAAGUUCAGAGCAGGCUAGUGUCGACGAUGAAAAAGCUGCUGCCGAUGAUGGUGGCGACAGUGAAGAGUCUCCUGCUCAGAAUGAAUCCUCAGCUGAAGAGACUGCUGUCGAAACUCAGGAAACCACCGACGAGGGGGCUCAAGAUGCUCCUGACGAUCGUCCCAUCGCUACGGAACCUACUGAAGAUACGGAAGAUGCAGCUGCGGCACCCGAAAAGGCGAAGCCCGUGGACGAAGAUCAGAAACCAGACGAUUCGGUCCCAGAAUUGGACAGCGAGGAUUCAAGCACAAAAGCAGGCGAAGAGACCAUCACUGCAGCAGAGGACGGAGAUGCCGAGAACAAAGAAGAGGACGGAGACACCGAGAACACAGAAGAGCCAGAUGGAAAAGAUCAAAAGGCAGAGCAGGAUGUGGUGUCAGAAGACAAGCUUAUCGUCGAGAGCGUAGAGAUUCCUGAGGAAGAAGGCUCUGGGGAAGGUAGCCCCGAUAAGGCGGAUGAAGCUGGGGAGACAGAGGCCAUUGAAAGCGCUUCAGAGAAAGAGGGGGCAGAAGAAGAGACUCCAAUUUCUGAAGACAGCAGUUUGGAUAAGGAGUCGGAUGCUGCUGGUAGCGGUGACGUACCUGUCGAAAACACCGAGGACGAUGCUGCUGAGGACGCAGCGCAAGAUAAUGCGUCCGAUCAUGGCGAUAGCCCGGCAGAUAAUGAAGAUUCGGCACCUGCGGAGAAUCACGAAGAGCAAGUGAACCAUGAGAGCCAGGAGCAUCAAAGCGACGGCAUGGCAGAACAGGACAAUGAUGAUAGCCCACAAGAAGAAAAAGAAGGAGAAGCUAAACCGGAGCAAGAAGCCAGCACAGAAUCCUCAGCAUCUAGCGAUCCUAGCGCUAGCACGGAAAUCAUGCACGAUGAGGAGACAAAUGCAGAGGGUAGAGAUGCAUCAUCUAGUGCGGAAGCUGAACCUGCAGAGGAAGACAUGAGCAUCACUCAUCCGUCAGACGUUGCCCAGGCGGAACCAGCUGAAAUUGUCGACACUACCGCUUCACCAUCUUCAGAUACAGCUGAGUCACCUCGAACGGAGCCCGCUAACGAGGUCUCACUGGAAGAAUCACCUAAUCUCGACGAAGACGAACGAGAUGAAGAAGAAGAAGAAGAAGAAGAAGAAGAAGAAGGCAAAGAAUCGGCAAAUGGGGAAACAGCACCAAGUGAUGCCGAUGACGUGGUGACCCAGUCACAUGAAGAAGACUCGGCUCCAAUUGCACCUGUUUCUAACGCUCAGGAAGAACCGGCAUCAACUCCUGAGGACUCUUCAGUGCAGGCUGGCGAGGUCGAUGAACAAAACGAUGGUCUCGUCGACUCAACGCCACAAGAAGACGACGUCAAAAUGAACGAAGCUAUUCCUGAUGAAGACGAGAAAGCAGAAGACAGUCAAAAUGCGACGCCGGUAGAUCAAGACACAGUAACUGAUGCUAUAGACGUCCCGGUAUCAGACACUCAGUCAGACGUGCAGCAGCCCCUCGAAGAAGAAGAAACACCUCCUUUGCAGCCCGCAUCCAGCGACGGCGAGCCAGACGCCCCGGUAUCUGUUCUCGAUGACGAGCAAAGCAAAGACCCUGAAUCCGACCCGACCGGCGUUGACGAUGCUGAGCCAGACGCGGACGAAUCCGUGCAGCAGGAGAACCAGGAUGAUUCUGAUGUUGCUCCUCCCCAAACCACUGAAGCAAAAGACGAGGAAAGUCAAGACGUCAAGGUUGAGGAAGAGACGCCAUCAACAGAUGCAACUUCUGAAGAUGCAACCGCCGAAACUUCCACCAUCACCGCCACCUCCGACGACGAACCUGCACAGUCACCAAAGGAAGAUCCACCACUCGCGUCCAACAAUACAGAAGUAUUGACCACGGAAGCCAACAUAGCUGAUGCACCCCCUCAAGAAGAAGAUGAUAUUCCCUCUACCCCAGCAGAUGAUGACAGUACUGAAGUUGAGGCUGUGACUGAGGCAUUGUCGUUGUCAGGCGGAGAAGACAAGGUCCAAGAGAACAUCCAAAUCCGAGAAGCCUCCCCGGACGAUAACAGCAUCGAACAGAAGCCAGAAGAAACGCUCGAGGAAGCAUCAGACAUGCCGCUAUCGAAAUCACCCGAGUCUUCGGUCAUCGACGAGCAACCAGAUGCCGUGGUGCCACACAGCGAAGAUAUCACCGAAGACCCGGCCCAGGAAGAAGAAGAAGAAGAAGAAGAGGUCAACGACAGCCAUGAAAACGAGGGCAGCGAAGAAGGUGCGACAGCUGAACCUGAAGCGGAGCCAGAAGAAGACGCUGUUAAGGACAGCGAAGGUCCAGAAUCCGAGGAACCAAGAUCGGACGUAGAUACAGUCAUAGCGCCACGUGAUUCAGGUCUCGCAGAGGAUGACACUGAAGCGGCAAUAACUGGCGAACCUGAAUCAACUGAGACAUCUAACGACGCUGAAGAAGCCGCGACUCCUCAGCCUGAAGAAACCGUCCAAGAUGCUAGCAAAGAUAGUCCUGAAACUUCGGAAGAGUCUCAUCAGAACGAGGAAGUAACUACUGUCGAGACGGAAGGAAGCGAAAUGCCUGCCGAAGAAAGGGCUGCGUCCAAUGAUGCCGAGGACAUUCCGGAACAGCUUGCCAGCGCAGAUGAACCAGAGGAGCCCGCCGAUGCGUCUGGGCCGAUUGAUGAAGCCCAGGCAGAUAACCCCGAACAGAAAGAUGAUGGAGAGAACGAACCGGAGAAACCAGAAGAUGACCAAGAUGGUGGUGUCGAAGCUGCUGAUGAUACCCCCACGGCACAAGAUGAGACUCCAGGACCACCGAUUGAAAGUCAAGAUCAAACAAGCGAGGAGCCUCCUUCAGAACCUGCAGAAGAGCCAAAAGAAGCCGGAGAUCAAAGCAACGAGAAACCGACCUCUGGUCCAGAUUUAGACGAGAUCCAACCGGCCACGCCUACGCCAGAGGAGGAAGAUGUCAAUGCAAAGGAAACCGAGCCGCAGGUAGAACCAGAGCCUGAAGGUCAUCCCGAGGCAAACAACGCCGAUGUAGACGAACAGCCAGAGCAAAUUUCUGAGACUGUAGAUCACGAACCCGAUCCUGAGCCUCAGGUCGAAGAGCCGCCACCUGGAGAGGAGCCCCAAGUUGAUGGUGAAGUUGAAACUCCCAUGGACGCUCUGGGCGAAGAUCAAUCCCCAGUUGCAAUCAAGGAACCAGAAGAAGUCAGCCAGGAACCAGCUAUCGAAUUCGCUCCAGAAGAGCCUGACGCUUCUACAAGUCCUACAGGUACUACCGAAGAAGUCGCAAUUGACACAGAACCUCAAGCUGAGCCGAAGAAUUUGACCGAGGCGCCUGAAGAUACCAGUGAAGAGCCAGCCAUCGCUGAUAGUGGUGAUGGAACCAGUUCCACGGAGGUUGUUGUCGGAGCUUUUCCUGAAGACGCUGUCGCGAACGAUGCCACCGAAGAAAUUACCGCGGAUGCCUCUGCCGAGACCCAGCCUCCAAUCGUUGAAGAAACACCAGUUGAGCCCUCAGCCGAGCCACCGAGUGAGCCACCAGUUGAACCACCAGUUGAACAAGCAGUUGAACAACCAGUUGAGCCACCAGUAGUUGAGAAAGAUCAGCCAGUUGAAGCAACAGAUGAUAAGCCUAUCGAAGACUCUUUGCCAGGGGAUGCGGAACCCGCCAUCGACGAUAUCCCGCCAUCUGACCAACCUCCCGAGCAAGAAAAGACACUGGAGCCGCUCGAAAUCCAGCCGGUAAUGGCUGCAGCACCAUCGACACCGCCUAACGAGUCGGCAGUGGUGGAUGAGCCCGCAGUUGCUCCCUCCCCAAGAGAAUCGCAUCGGCGCCGCCACUCUCAUGCUCACCGCGAUAGCAGGCAUCACUCCCAUCGUGAGAGAGAUGAAAGACACGACUCUCACCGUGAGUCAAAUCGGCGCCGGGAAAGCAACGCCAGCACCAAAGAGAGGCCUACCUUCAACACCAUGGCGAUGUUUGCAGCCGCGAAACUGGCCGGUGCGGCUAAAAACAAGCGGCGGGAUAGUAUGACUGACAAGGAGCCUAGAAGAGGCAAAGAGAGAGUUCGUGAAAUGGACAAAGAACACAGCAGUAGCAGUAGCAAAGAAAGGUCGCGCCACGAGCACAGGUCUCAUCGACACCGCGAACGCGGGGAGGGCAGGGAGGGCAAACGCCACACGCUUGAAGAAUUGGAAGCAGAUGCUGAGCGCCGGAGACGUCACGAAGCUCGACGGGCUGAGAAGGAAAGACUAGCACAUGAAGAAGCUGUUAGACUCGAGGAAGAAGCAGAACUCCAACGCCAGAAGCGACGCGAGGAACGUCGUGCUCGUAAGCUAGAAGAAGAACGAGCACUAGCAGAAGCCGAAAAUCGAAGAUUAGCCAAAGAGGAGGAGGCAAAGCGUCUCAGGCAUGAGAAGCGACGACUAAGACAUGAAGCUGAGAAAGAGUCGAGACGUAAAGCGGAGCAAGCUGAACGCGACCGGAUGGAGUUUGAGGAAGAAGCACGGCGACUUCGACGCCAACGCAAAGCAGACGAAGAGCAAGAAAGAAUCAAUGCAGCACGAGCCAAAGAAGCGGAAAUGCAAGAGGCAGAACCACGCGAUGCUGCUCGCCGAGCCGCAGAGGAAGAAUCGGAGGGUGUAGCCGCUGCCAGUCCUACACCGCCUCGCGAACCCACCCGCCGACACACUGGAGAACGACGCCGCGAAGCCCCGCCAGCCCGAAGAAACAGCCUGAUGGGUGGCUUCUCUCUUUUCGGUCGCUCAAAGACAGACCCAGUCGUACCCAGCUCCAGAUCAACGAAACCUUCCACCCGCGUACGCGCAGACGUACCGAACAGCCAGCCCUCGUCUAACGGUAGCCGCGACGGAGCAGAGCGACCGCCUCACCGCAGUCGCAAAUCUUCGCAUUCACAUCACCACCGACGUUUCAACUCGGCAGAAGAAGAGGCAGAGCAUCGCGCGAGAAAAGAGCGUCGCAGGGCUAAAGAACGCGAGCUGGAGAUGUCGGGCGCGCUCCCCGUCGACGAUGACGCCGUUGCUCCUCCUCCACCCCCAGAACCCGUGGAACAGGACCAACCUCCCGCCCAACCAGAGUUUGAAGAGGGUAGACGUUCACCACUAAUCGACGAGGCCGCGGCCACUUUAGGCGUUGGGUCCGUAUCGUCUGCGGAGCGCGAACGGAGAGAUCGGAGGAGGAGUCGUAGGGUUUCUGUCAUGGAGCCCGAUCGACCCAAAAGCCGGCGCAUUUCCGUUACCGAACGGGAUAGACCGACUAGUAAAAGAACGGAGAGCGAUCGACCGCGGACACGUGGAAAUGGUGGCGGUGGUGGUGAAGAAAGGGUUCGGUCGAGGCGGACAGAGAGCGGCAGAAGCAGUGGGAAGAAGAAGGAUGACAGUGGUGGGCUCAAAGGACUUUUCGGCGGCUUGAAGAGGAUCGUGGGAUGA